AUGUAUGUGUGUGGGUGGGGGUAUACUCUGCAGCAGGCGUGGGUCCUGGGGGAGAAGGAGCUGCAGGACGAGGGGCCCUUGGGGGACAGCGCCAUGGCUUUUCUUCGCAGAGGUGUCGUCUCUGUGAGUUCUGCUCUGAAGAAGGAAAUGAAAGAGGAAGACGAAGAACCAGGCCUCAAACAGGAGGAAGACGAAGAACCAGGCCUCAAACAGGAGGAAGACGAAGAACCAGGCCUCAAACAGGAGGAAGAGGAGCUGCAGAUGUGA